AUGAAGCUUUCUCUUUUUACUAUUUCCGCUCUUGCAUUGGCCGGUAUGGUUUCCGCUGCUCCUGCAGUUGGUUGCGCUGAAAAACAUAUUGCUGCUCAGGGUGAAACGUGUGUGUCCGUUGCAGCCAAAUUUGACAUUACCGUCAAAGAAUUCCAAGGUUUUAACCUUGGACAUGGAAGCGAAAUCAAUAACUGCAAGAGUCUUGUAGUAGGAUCUUCCUAUUGUGUCAAGCCUUUGUCCACUGUCUCCAAAAACAAGCGCAGCGAGAAAGAGCCUGAGCACAAGAAGCCUAUCCACAAACCAUCCAAGGUUGUCCCAAAGCCUAUCAAGCCUACUCAAGAACCUAAUGUCGAGCAUCCCCAAGACAAGCGCGGCGAGAAAGAGGCUGAGCACAAGAAGCCUAUCCACAAACCAUCCAAGGUUGUCCCAAAGCCUAUCAAGCCUACUCAAGAACCUAAUGUCGAGCAUCCCCAAGAAAAGCGCGGUGAGAAUAGUCCUAAGAAAGAAGAGAUGGCCAAGAAACAAAAGAAGACCACUAAGAAACCCGUCAAGACCACCUAUAAGCCAUCAAAGUCAACUAAGAAGGAUCAUGCUGCUACACCUAAAGGUGCUCAUCAUGCUACCCGCGCUGUUUCUGACUGUAAGAAGUACCAUGUUGUGAAGUCUGGAGAAACCUGUAAAACAAUUGCCAAGGAGAACAAAAUUACCAUGGCCCAGUUCAAGCAGUUUAACUCGGGGCUCUCUCAGGCCAUCGAUAGUGAAUGCCAGAAGCUUGUUGUCGGGCAGAGUUAUUGUAUCUCUUACUAG